GUCAAUGCGCAGCUAGUUCGAGAAGUUGAUAUAGAAAAAGUAUCCUCAUUUGAGAAUCCUUAUGUAGAUGCAAUAAAGAGCUUAUGGAAUGAUCCUGGAAUUCAAGAAUGUUAUGACAGACGACGGGAAUACCAGUUGUCAGAUUCUACUAAAUAUUAUCUUAACGAUUUGGACCGUAUAGCAGAUUCUGGAUACCUACCCACUCAACAAGAUGUUCUUAGAGUUCGAGUUCCAACGACAGGAAUCAUUGAAUAUCCAUUUGACUUACAAAGUGUUAUUUUCAGAAUGGUGGAUGUGGGGGGACAGCGAUCGGAACGAAGAAAAUGGAUACACUGUUUUGAAAAUGUCACCUCCAUUAUGUUUCUAGUAGCUCUUAGCGAAUAUGAUCAAGUACUUGUGGAAUCAGACAAUGAGAAUCGAAUGGAGGAAAGCAAAGCACUAUUUAGGACAAUUAUCACAUAUCCUUGGUUCCAGAAUUCUUCAGUCAUUCUAUUCUUGAAUAAGAAAGAUCUUUUAGAGGAAAAAAUAAUGUACUCACAUCUAGUUGACUAUUUCCCAGAGUAUGAUGGACCUCAACGAGAUGCACAGGCAGCAAGAGAAUUUAUCUUGAAGAUGUUUGUUGAUCUGAAUCCUGAGAGUGAAAAAAUUAUCUACUCCCAUUUCACGUGUGCCACAGAUACAGAGAAUAUCCGCUUCGUCUUUGCUGCUGUCAAGGACACUAUCUUACAGUUAAACCUGAAGGAGUACAACUUGGUCUAACUGUGCCUCUUAGAUCUCCACCCACCCGCUUUGGGCAAUUGAAGAUAUUCAAGAGGGAUUGUAUUAUCUGUGAAAAUGAUCUGCAUCAUACUAAUUUAUUGCUGGCCUGGACUCUGUUAAUAUUUGCAGAGUUUGUAGUAAAUAUUACAAUUUUAUUUAAAUUUUACAGAGGAAAAAAAAGAUGCUGAACUACAUUCACAGCACAUUUCCUCAUUUUUUAAGUCAAAAUUUUGUGACUUAAUGUGUUCUAAAUUCUCAGUUGUGCACACACAUAAGAAUAGGGGUUUGGGUUGAUUUUGUUGUUGUGACUGAAGCAAAAUCAAGUUGGGGUCUCCCUCCUAUUGUCUCUGCCUUUGUCUGUUUUGAUUUAUUUUUUCAGGUACAAUUACCUGUCCCCACAAGUUUCAUUUCCAGGUUUCCUCCUUAGAUCAGUGAAAAAAAAAAACUGUCACUAGAUUUUAAGCCAUCCGAAACUACUUUUAUGAGGAAUCGAAUCUAUUGAUACCCUAAUUUUAUUUAUUUAUUGGCAAAUGUAAAGUAUACCUAGCUUUUGGUAUCAACUUUGCACUGAAGGAAUGUUGUUCAUUGGGAAUAGUGAUUAUAGCAGUGUUAAAGAUUUUUAUCUAUAAUUGUACCAUAGGAAAUCAGCAAACCACAGAACACAGCAACAAAUUACUAAGAAAGAGGAACAUUUCUUGAAGCAGGAUAGCUUUUUGAUUUGUAAUUGCCAUUCAUUCUCUUCCAAAACCAUUCUUUAAAAAAAAAUCCCUCCCCCUUCCUUUUUCUUUUUCUUCCUUGCCAAAUAUAUACCAUGGAGCUACAGUAGCCUGGAACUUCUGUUUUGAUUUAUUUUUAAAUUAAGCAGACUAUUUAGAUUUCUCAUCCCAAUUUCAGGGUUUUUUUUAAUUGUCUGCAAAGUACUAUGUUGCCAGAUUUGGCUCUUUUUUUCUUAUAAACAUAGUAAAUGUCCCUCCUUGUGGGGGAGUUGGGCAGUGAUAUAAAUUUGAUAUAUAAAUAAAUAAAAAUAAAUACAAAAUGUAAGAUGGUGAUUUAAAAUGCCAAGUUAACUGAUUGGGAAUCUCUUCCAGACAACUGCCAAAUGUUAAAGCAACUAGAUUUUAGCUUUUUUGUUUCUUCUUUCUACUAAAAAGCAUUCCAUUUCUCAAUGCCAAGCAUUCCCCUCUCAACAUUACAAGUGAAAAUUGGUGCUACAUACAUAUGCAUAUGGCCUAAUUCACAGUUUUAAUAUCUAAAGUGCCAUAAGAUUGGACAGUGUUCAUAUUUUCCUUCUUUAUUAAGGCAUGUUUAAUGGGAAAAGACAAAAUUAAAAUAAUUUUUAAAUGGGACCCUUUGUAAGACAGAGAGAGAGUAUGUACAUAUAAAGUUGUAUCUGUGUGGGACAUGGCAAAAUGGAAGGCUAAACCUUCCCUACUAUGCAUAAUUAUUUGCGAACAAGUCCAAUGGAUUCAGAAAAAUGCAUUCCGAGCAAAGAGGCAUAGGAUUGAACUGUAAGUAUAUCAGUUUUAAUAAUGGAAUGAAAAGAACCGCACCUGCUUUGGUGAACAUCUCUCUCUCUCUCCCCCCCUCUUUCUUGGUACCUUGGACUGAAAUCAAAUUUAUAAAGUUUUGUGUAAAACAACUCUGUAAAUAAAAAUGGUCAGUCUGGAGAGUUGUACACAUGACGUAGAAGACUCAGAUAUGAAAUUGGACUAGUUUUUCUAAAAGGUGAUUUUUGCAACUCUAGGGUUAAAAUAAAUUCUCUGCAUUAGACUUUGGGGCAGAGGAGACACUGAAUACGAUAAAUUACUGCUAAACUGUAGGAGCAAUCUGCCAAGCAUUAGUAUUACUGGCACAAGGACCAGAUUCCCAGUAUAACAUUCUUAAGAAAAUGGUUCAUGGAUAAUCUACAACAUAUACUAAUAAGAUUUUAUUGACCCUUAAUUCGUUCUGUUAAAAUUUAUGAAAACUUGGGUUGCUUUUGUUCCCUUAUGAAAUCUUGUAAUUUUAAAAUAGUAGG